CCUUAACAACUGCUUACCGGAAGCAAGUGAAACGCAACAGUUUGCAAAAUACCUAAUUCGCAAAGAACUAGUCAGCACAGGUCUUUUGCAAUUUGAUGACAAACCUGAAAACUAUUGGGCAUGGAAAACCUCAUUCAUCAGCGCAACCAAAGACUUAAAUCUGUCUCCAAGAGAGGAAUUAGACUUGCUAACGAAAUGGUUGGGUCCAACAUCAUCCGAACAGGCUAAGCGGAUUCGUGCUGUGCACACCCUCAAUCCUGCUGCAGGUGCGAAGAUGGUCUGGCAACGCCUUGAAGAGUGCUACGGCUCACCGGAGGCUAUUGAGGACGCACUCUUAAAAAAGGUAGAGGACUUUCCCAAACUCACAAAUAAAGACAAUGUUAAGCUGCAAGAACUUAGUGACAUCUUAUUGGAGCUACAGUGUGCUAAACAAGAUGGCGCACUCCCAGGACUUGCUUACCUCGACACAGCCAGAGGAGUCAGGCAAAUAGUGGAUAAACUUCCCUUCAACCUACAGGAAAGGUGGACAACUGUAGGAACACAGUACAAGGAGACUCACAGUGUGUCAUUUCCUCCUUUCUCAGUUUUCACACAAUUUGUCCAACGGCAAGCGAAAAUGAGGAAUGACCCAAGCUUUGCUAUGUCCAAGGCCAACACCCAUGUCCCUUCUCCCACAGAAAAACUGAGGUCAUAUAGUCGCAAACCUACUGUGUCAGCACACAAAAUGGACAUUACGGCAGAGCCGGACCAGAAUAAUCUCAGUCCAAAGAACAUGGAGGAACCGGAUCGUCAGUGCCCAAUCCACAAAAAACCACAUCCACUCAAAAAGUGUAAACUUUUUAGAGACAAACCUAUUGAAGAAAGACAAGCCUAUCUGAAAGAGCAUCACAUCUGCUACAGAUGCUGUGGGUCUGUCCAACACAUUGCAAAAAACUGUAAAGCAGUGGUUAAGUGUAUCGAGUGUGACAGCCUUAAACACUUAUCUGCAAUGCAUCGUGGUCCUACUCCUGCCCCUAAGAGUACUACACCAGGAAACAACGACAAUGAAGAGCAAACUGAGAGCUCACCUUCAGUCGAGUCGAAGUGCACAGAGGUAUGUGGCCAAAGUGAUAGCCCACGUUCAUGUUCUAAGAUCAGUUUAGUCAAAGUGUAUCCCGCAGGCCAAAAAGAGAGAGCUAUAAAAAUGUAUGCAGUAAUAGACGACCAGUCCAACAGGUCACUGGUUAAGUCAGAGUUUUUCAGCCUUUUCAAUAUCAAUGCAAGACCCACUCCAUACACCUUAAAGACUUGCUCUGGCAGAGAACAAACCUCAGGUAGGAGAGCUGUGAACUUCUUCCUCGAGUCCUUGGAUGGAGAAGUCAACAUCCAGCUACCCCCUUUAAUUGAAUGUGACUCUGUUCCAGACAAUAGAUCUGAAAUACCCUCUUCAGAGAUUGCCCAGCAUCACCCACAUCUUCUUCCAGUCGCAGAUAACAUCCCACCUGUUGACCACCACGCCCCAAUCCUUUUGCUCCUAGGACGAGACGUCAUCAGGGUCCAUAAGGUACGUGAGCAAAUCAACGGACCCAACAAUGCACCAUACGCCCAAAAGCUAGACCUGGGUUGGGUUAUUGUGGGGGAGGUGUGUUUAGGAAAAGCGCACAGUCAGUCAGAGGUCAUUGUCUACAAAACACACACCUUAGAUAAUGGACGUGCAUCCUAUUUUGAGCCUUGCCCAAACACAAUUCACGUUAAAGAGAAUUACUGGGUCACUAUGAAUGCUGCCUGCGUCACAGACGAUUUGGGACACUCUGUGUUUGUUAGAUCUGAGGGUGAUAACAAACAAGCCAUGUCUAUCGACGACAAAGCAUUCCUGACAAUGAUGGACAAUGAAGUUUAUCAAAACCAAGAGAACAGCUGGGUUGCACCUUUACCCUUUCGCUCACCGAGAAGGAGGCUCCCUGACAACAGAAAACAAGCCCUAAAACGCCUCUGCUCUCUCCGAAAGACUUUGGAAAAGAAACCAGAAACGAAAGAUCACUACAUCCAAUUCAUGCAGAAAAUGUUGGAUAACAAUCAAGCUGACCAAGCCACUCGGUUCAUUCCAGCACCAGACCUGCAGAACAGUACCUGGUUCUCAGGUCCACCCUUUCUGUACUCUGACACACACACAGAACCACACACUGGUCCUUUCACGCUCAUCGAACCUGAAAAAGACAGAGAGAUACGUCCAGAAAUAAAAGUAAUGAAAACUACUGUAGCAGAGCCACAGUUAGGUUCAGAGCGUUUCAAAAAGUACUCAAACUGGACCACUCUUUGCAGAGUCAUAGCCAGACUCAUUCAUGUAGUUACAUCCUUUGCUCAAAAGACAAGCGGACAAAGGGGAUGGAAAAGUUUCAGUGAGACACCAAAUGUCCAAGAACUCACCCGAGCCAAAGUAGUCAUCAUUCGAGCUGUCCAACAAGAAGCUUACAAAGGGACGCUUGAAAACAUUAAAGAAGGAAAGAAGGACAGUGGCAUAUUUGACGCACUCAAAAAGCUCAAUCCUGUAGUGGACAAAGACAGUCUCUUACGAGUCGGUGGACGUCUUUCCGCUGCCGAUCUCACAGAAAAUGAAAAGCACCCUCUGAUUAUCCCAUCUACCAGCCACAUCGCCAUGCUACUUGUAACUCACUAUCAUGAACAAGUAGCUCAUCAAGGAAGACACAUAACUGAAGGAGCUAUCCGUGGUGCUGGGUACUGGAUAAUUGGAGGGAAGCGGCUCGUGUCAUCUGUCAUUCAUAGGUGUGUCACAUGUCGCAAGUUGCGAGGCAAAAUGCAGAUCCAGAAAAUGGUGGACUUGCCCGCAGACCGAGUCACCCCUGAACCACCCUUUACCACUGUAGGCCUAGAUGUGUUUGGGCCAUGGACAAUUGUGACGCGUCGUACAAGAGGUGGUUGUUCCCAGAACAAACGUUGGGCUGUGUUAUUCACAUGCAUGUCAACUAGAGCUGUGCAUAUCGAACUGAUAGAGACUAUGUCUGCUGAUAGUUUUAUCAAUGCAUUAAGAAGGCUCUUCUCUAUUCGGGGCCCAGCCAAGUUUCUGCGCUCAGACAGAGGCACCAAUUUUGUGGGCGCUUGUAAGGAAUUAGGGCUAAACUCAGGAAACAAAGCAGUAGGGAAGUACCUGCAAGGGAAAGGGUGUGUUUGGACAUUCAACCCCCCUCAUGCGUCUCACAUGGGAGGCUCGUGGGAGCGCCUUAUAGGGGUUGCCAGGCACAUUCUGGAUACCAUGUUGUUACGAACUGAACAAACACGUCUUACUCAUGAAGUGUUGUGCACCUUCAUGGCUGAGGUGAUGGCAAUUAUUAAUGCAAGGCCUCUUGUCCCCAUAUCCACUGACCCUGACAGUCCUGCAGUACUCACUCCAGGAAUGUUACUAACGCAGAAGAUGAGUGCUGUGUUUGCUCCACUCGGGAACUUUUCAUCAGGGCAGUUGUUUGGGAAACAAUGGAAACAUGUUCAACAACUUGCUGAUACCUUUUGGAAAAGGUGGAAAGGAGAAUAUUUGUCCACCUUACAAAGUCGUGCAAAAUGGACAGAGACUAGACCUAAUGUCAAAGAAGGAGAUGUGGUCCUGCUGAAGGACUCCCAAGCCAGCAGGAAUGAAUGGCCCAUGGGACUAGUAGUAAAAACAUUCCCCAGCAGCGACAAGAAGGUCCGAAAAGUGGAAGUGCGGACUGUAAAAGAUGGGACUGUUAAAAUGUUUCUCAGACCAGUUUCAGAGAUUGUUGUUUUGCUUGCAGAGACUGAAUGAAUAUUCUUCGAUGUUAAAUGAUGUUUGAAUAUGUUGUAUUGAUGUUUAUAGUGAUAUAAUGUGUUAUAUCAAGCGGGGAGUGUUAUGCCUUUUGGUCAAAAGUCAGUAGUUAGUGUAUAAUCUGAUUAAGUUACGUAAGCAAGGUGAUAAAUAAGUUCAAAGUUAAGAAAUAUUAUAAGUAAUUCAUGCUAAAAACAGUUAAGAUGUGUGUGUUUGAAAUUUGCUCAGAGUGAGACAUCGGUAUCACAAGCGAUCUUUGUAUUGUAUGUGCGGAAAUGGGAGCGAGGGAGCGCUCUGAUCAUUCACCUAUCUUUGACGUAUUUUCUCCGUUAAUGUUGUGAAAAGUGCUUCGGCAGUAUUAAAAGAGUGAAUAAGUUCAUGUACACGCUAUAAGUGCCCUACACGCUUGUACCUUGGGAAACGUUCGUCUUUUUACAAAUAAGAAAUAGAAAGGAGAAGCCUUGAGAGAGGAUAAGGCUUCAAAAGAUCUUCAUUAAAAGCAAGAAAAGCAAGCCUUGUGUGGAAGAUCUCAUCUAUUUUGUUCGCUGGCUGUCUAGCUUCACAUGGUCACGUGUCGUGAGGGCAGCACA